AGGCAGGGAGGAGGCAGUCAAGCCUGUGGGGAUUGGCUGGCUCAGCCCUGCCCAGGCCAGCUUCCUGCAGCCUCCUACAGGUCGAGAGCCAGGGACAAAGAGGUCCCAGAGGAGGGGACAGGAGAUUGUGGGGACAGGCUACUCCUGAUAGAAGGAUGCCGCAGCUGAGCCUGUCCUGGCUGGGACUGGGGCCCUGGGCAGCCUCUCCUUGGCAACUCCUGCUGUUGGCCGGGGCCUCCUGGUUGCUGGCCCGCAUCCUGACCAAGAUCUACACUUUCUAUGACAACUGCUACCGCCUCCGAUGCUUCCCACAGCCCCCCAGACGGAACUGGUUUUGGGGUCACCUAGGCCUGGCACAGAACAAUGAAGAAGGCAUGCGGCUGGUGGAGGAGCUGGGCCACUGCUUCCGUGAUGUCCACCUCUGGUGGGUCGGGCCCCUCUACCCCGUCCUGCGGCUUGUCCACCCUAAGUUCGCUGCUCCCCUGCUCCAGGCCCCAGCUAUGGUCGUACCCAAGGAAAUGGCUUUCUAUGGCUACCUGAGACCCUGGCUGGGGGAUGGGCUCUUGCUGAGUGCCGGUGACAAGUGGAGCCACCGCCGGCGCCUGCUGACACCUGCCUUCCACUUCAACAUCCUGAAGCCCUACAUGAAGAUUUUCAACCAGAGUGUGGACAUCAUGCAUGCCAAGUGGCAACGACUGAUCUCAGAGGGCAGCACCCGUCUGGACAUGUUUGAGCACAUCAGCCUCAUGACCUUGGACAGUCUGCAGAAAUGCGUCUUCAGCUUCGACAGCAAUUGUCAGGAGCAGCCCAGUGAAUAUAUUGCCGCCAUCUUGGAGCUCAGUGCCCUCGUAACCAAACGGCACCACCAGAUCUUCCUGUACUGGGACUUCCUGUACUACCUCACUCCUGAUGGGCGCCGCUUCCGCAGGGCGUGCGACCUGGUGCACGACUUCACAGAUGCUGUCAUCCAGGAGCGGCGCUGCACUCUGGCUGCCCAGGAUGUUGAUGACUUCCUCGAGGCCAAGGCCAAGUCUAAGACUGUGGACUUUAUUGAUUUGCUCCUGCUGUCCAAGGAUGAAAAUGGGAAGAAGUUGUCAGAUGAGGACAUACGAGCGGAGGCUGACACCUUUAUGUUUGGAGGCCAUGACACCACGGCCAGUGGUCUCUCCUGGGCCCUGUUCAACAUGGCAAGGCACCCGGAAUACCAGGAGCGCUGCCGGAAGGAGGUGCAAGACCUGCUGAGGGACCGUGAUCCUAAAGAGAUUGAGUGGGACGACCUGGCCCAGUUGCCCUUCCUGACCAUGUGCAUCAAGGAGAGUCUGCGGUUGCACCCCCCAGUCACAAUCAUCUCCCGCUGCUGUACCCAGGACGUUGCCCUCCCCGACGGCCGUGUCAUCCCCAAAGCAGUCUCCAUUCAAGUGCUUUUCAUAUUCCAGAACAAUGCCUAUCCAUAG